AUGGAGGGAAGGCCUGUCUUGGCACUCUUUCUGGCUGUGCUGUUUUUGGUAACAGGUGGAAGAGAUGAUGACCACUCGCACCACAUCAGCACCUCUCAAUGCGGAGAAUACAGCAACCAGGUACUGGAGGAUGGCAUGUGCCGACUGAUGGCCACGCUGCCCCAGCUGGAUGACCAGCGCUGUCCCGACAUGUUUCGAUGUACGGAUGAGGUUUCUUACUGGCUUCAUGAGAACGAGGAACGCAAGCAGCAGAUCCUGGCUCUGCGGGAGACGGUGUCUGAACUUCAGGAGGAACUUCGAAACCAUCGUCAUCGAGUUAAAUUGUUGGAGCUGCAGAGCGAAGAAAAGAACCGUAAUAACUCAUCUGUGGAACAGCGUUUGCAUGAACUGGAGGAUCAUUAUGCGGAUGCCACAACUCUGCUGCACAUUCAGGGUUCAUUGAUCUAUGACCUUCAGGCACAGAUUCAUAACCUUUCACUGCUGGUGGAAAAAGUGAGACGUAACCCAGGUUGCAUGAUCAACAUCGUCCGCACCAGCCCACUACUCAGUGGACAAGAAGCCCUGCAUCCUGAAGUCCAGCAUGUCAGGAAUUGUCCUAUCGACUGCGCCUCCCUCUACUUCAAUGGAGUAGGUCGAUCUGUCUACACCGUGGUGCCCUCGCUAGGGGCAAUGCCUGUGGAAGUCUACUGUGAUAUGGACAAAGAUGGUGGUGGUUGGACUGUGAUCCAGCGUAGGCAAGACGGUUCUGUGAACUUUGACCGAAGCUGGAAAGAGUAUAAAGAGGGUUUUGGGGACCUACAUACAGAAUACUGGCUGGGUAAUGAACACAUCCAUGAUCUGACCCGUCAGGGUGACUAUACGCUCCGUAUCGACAUGGAGGACUGGAGCGGGACGCACAAGCACGCCGUUUAUCAGAGCUUCAGCGUUGAGAAUGAGAACACGCAGUAUCGUCUGCAUGUGUCUGGGUUCAGUGGAACGGUGGAAGAUUCCUUCAGCUGGUACCACGACAAACAAGGCUUCAGCACACCAGACACGGGCAACAUCUGUGCAGAGAUCUCCCACGCUGGCUGGUGGUAUAACCAGUGUUUCUACGCAAACCUCAAUGGCAUCUACUACAAGGGUGGCCGCUAUUCUCUGAAGGGGAAGAACCCGCUCGGCCCUGAUGGUAUUGUGUGGUACACAUGGAAAGAUUCAGACUACUAUUCUCUGAGGAAGGUGAGCAUGAUGAUCCGACCCAGAAUCUUCCGACCGCAUCUAUCGCCCUGAAUCAGGGUGAACCAUGAGCUCACACUUCAACCAGCCAAUCACAGCUCUCAGAGCCACAAAGACGAUGAUGAUUUAAGUCUAUAGAUGGCAGAAGAGAGGAGAUGAGAG